ACGACAGUGUCUGACCGAGCAGCUCGCCUCGGCACAGAUAAGUCUUAAAGAGUCGUUCGCGCGUUCAAUUGAUUCAGUAGGACUCGCGGCUUCACACAAGACACUUGACGUUAAAAUGUCUCAGACAAGUGGCAGCACGGACAUCAAAGCAUCGGCCUUAGAGCUGAUCGGCAACACUCCACUCGUAGCGCUGGACAGGCUCUGGCCUGGACCUGGAAGGAUCCUGGCCAAAUGUGAGUUUAUGAAUCCUGGGGCGUCCAUCAAAUGCCGGUCCUCGCUUUACAUGAUCACUAAGGCCUUGGAGUCUGGAGCUUUGAAGCCGGGGGAACCGGUCCUGGAAAUCACCUCCGGGAAUCAGGGAUGUGGUCUGGCGGUGGUGUGCGCGGUGCUGGGACAUCCUUUGACCGUGACCAUGUCUGCUGGUAACAGCGUGCAGAGAGCGAUACACAUGGAGGCUCUGGGAGCCAGGUGUGUGAGGGUUCCGCAGGUGGAUGGCACAUACGGCAAAGUCACAUUGGCGGAUGUGACCGCAGCUGAGGAGAAAGGUUUGCAAUUGGUGGAAGAGACUGGCGCGUACUACGUCAACCAGUUCAACAAUGAUAUGAACUCUCGAGCUCAUUACGAAACAACGGGCCCAGAGAUCUGGAGACAGACUGGCCAGCGAGUCGACGCGUUCGUCGCCGCAGUUGGCACAGCAGGAACCUUCGCUGGGACCUCCAGAUAUCUCAAGGAAAAGGAUCCGAGUAUUGUUUGUGUGGUCGUGGAACCAGAAGGCUCUGAGGCCAUCAAAGGCUGCGAAGUAACGAAGCCAAUGCAUUUAAUGCAGGGCUCGGGUUACGGAUGUGUUCCAAAUUUGUUCAACUAUGAACACCUGGACGACACCAUAAGCGUCAAUGACGAGGAAGUCCUGGAAUACAAGAAGCUGAUCGGAGAAAAAGAAGGUCUGUUCGUGGGCUACACGAGUGCAGCAAAUGUCCUGGCUGCGGCGAAGCUGCUGAAGGCUGGAAAGUUAAAGGAAGACGCCUGGGUGGUGACCGUGCUCUGUGACACAGGCCUGAAGUACACCCCGGUGCCAUCAGAGAUCACCAAAGCGUAAUCUCCAAACAACAGUAUCUAAUGCACAGACGGAUAAAGAAGACGCUCUCACUAGCGAAUGAUAACGCUUCAUACGGAAAGGGGAUUUGGAAUAAAAAUAGCCCAAGUUAUUCCCUAUUACAGCUUCCUGCAAAUAAAAAUCUAGUCAAAAUCGGACCAGCCGCUUCAGCGAUAAGCCGGAACAAACAAACAGACAGACAGACAUUUAAAACAUGUUAUUUUUGUGAAUGUCUCAUGUAUGUAUUGAUAUACAUGUAGUAAACAGUUAUUACAGACGGACUGGUUUUAUUCGUAUGUAUAGAUGUACACUUAUCUAAUUAUAUUAGUAAUGUACAUAACAAAAACGCUGUCAAGGUCUAAACAGGAAGUUUUUUUACCGAAUGCGAUAAGCAAUUCAAGCAACAAACAAGUCUGUCAAGGUCUCAAACAUGGUUUUUUUUUUACCAAAUAUACCGUUCAUAAUAUACGGAUGCCAUUUUGAUGAGUUUUCGUUGUAUCUUAGUUACAAUUUGUUAAAACUCUUCAACGGACCUGUCGUGUUCAAAUAGAACCGUCUAGCGCACAGAUUGAUUUAAUUCAAUAGCUGCGUGUUUGUCUUUCAUCAAUCCAGUUACUAAACUUCUAAGCAGUGUAGUGUCGCGUUACAAACCUUGCUCAAUGUUUUCUUUUCGAGUUACUGUUCGGUAUUUGUGUCGCGAUAAAAUAAAUUGUAGCUAUUGCUGUUAAGGCAAAUUAAAUAUUUAACCGACUUCAAAAGAAGUGAAUGUUGUUUGUUCGCCUUUAAUAUAGAUUAUAAAUGUUACAGUAUCAAUGUUCAUGUCUACCUUAAAAUAUGUUUGUUGAAGUACGUAGAUUGUUCGAGAGCUUAUCUUUUGGUU